AUCAGCAAACUGCGUCUGAUUGAAGCAAUUGCCAGCGAGACUUCUGGAGACUUCAAGCGCGCACUCAUCACUACGCUUACCGCACAAAUCAGUCGUCCAAUGGCCUUCGCUGAACUUUUGAACAGAGCGGUUGCUGGACUAGGCACAAAUGACGAUGAACUUAUGCGUGUAGUGGUUUGGCGGUCAGAGAUUGACAUGGAAGACAUCAAGAAUGCCUAUCUGACUCGAUACAACGAGUCUCUGGAGGAUGCUAUCAAGGAUGACACGUCUGGAGAUUACGAAAAGCUACUCCUGGCCCUAAUUGGGUGUUAGGCUGAAUUCAGUAGACUCACACUUACCGAUAACGAAGUGGUUACGAUCGAACAGAUGGAGAGGAUGGACGUGGACAUUUAUGAAGUAAUCUUCGGCAAAGAAGCCGCUUAG